CUAGAAAUAAUAUUUUAUUACAAUCAUUGUCAUAAUUUGAGUAUAAAAUUUUAUUAUAUCCUUGAACAAUGAGAGCAAUUAACCAAUGAAAAGGGUGCUUUACCCAGGCAUUGAAUUUGGGGUUUAUUUUUAUAAAUCUGCCAGAAUAAAAAAAAAAACAUAAUAUAGAUAUUUUUGGAUUCCAUCUUAUAAUCAAGGUUACAUUUUCAACCCCAAAUCUGGGAUUUGCAGAACGGAAUCCUGCUAAAAACAUCCAGCCAGUUUACCAUUACAUAUUUUGUGCUUGAUGGGUUUUCUAUGACAUCUUUCUAAUCCAUGUUUCUAGCACCAUUCUACCAGUUGAUUGCACUAGAAAUGUUUAUUGUAUACAUAGCAAUGAAAUAUAUAGAUCGACAAAAGACAUUCAUGAAAAUUAUGUUUUUCACACAUCACUCGUUGACAUAAAAAUUGUAUUUGAAAACCCCCCCGUGAAAUAACGCUCUAUUUAUUUGAUUACAGUGAGUGUCAAGAUGCUAUGUUGUAGGCCGAUGCAGAAGAGACUGUCUUGUGAUGCACUUCCUUGAAUGUUAACAUGGCCUCGGCAAAAGGUGCUCGUGAGAAAAAAGAAACCAUGAAGACCAAGACCAACCUUCGUCCCACUUCAGGAAGUCGAUCUGUAAAAUCUGCCUCCUCACUCAGGAGUCAGCUUGAUGUCUUGUCAAAGGAAAAUAAGGAACUUAAGUCAUGUCUCACAAAAACUGAGGAACAAAAUCUUGAGCUGAAAGAAAAACUCCGAAGUCUUACAUAUGAAAUUAUUGAUUCUUCCAACAAAGCAGAGAAACAGUUGGAGUUUGAUCCAAACAUGGAUGUAGUGGACAUUCCAUUGGAUGAAUUAAAGUCAUUGAUUGCCAUGCUGUCUACCUCACAUACCAAAGCUAAGUCAUCAUUGUUUGAGACACGGAUAGAGGAAGUAGAGACUAGAAUUACGUUAUUAAGCGGUGAACUGGGAAAGCUUGUGAAGCUUAAACUCAAAGUACAAAAUGGACUCCAGGGUAUUAUUUCUUGUUCAGAUCUUGAAGAUGCUAAAAAGCAGGCAAGGCAGUUGUGGAUUGAAUCAUGUGCCACUGAUAUAUUUGUGGAGCCUGUCUCAGAAAAGAAGGAAACACCUAAACACAGAGAUGAUGUUGAUAAUGUGCGACAUCCCAUCAUCCGCAACUGUAGAUCGGCUUCUCUCCCAUACGCAAUAGCCAUCAAUCUUCAGAAGGUGGAAAUCUCACCGGUCUCCCGGAAGCUGCCUGCCAACACUCACAUCACGGAUAUGAGUGAAAACCUCACUAAACUGAUUGUUCAGGAACUAAGUCUGUAUAAAGGAAGUGGUGCUGAUUGGAGAAUGCUGGCGAAGAGAGUUGGAAUCGUGGACACCAUGAUAAAGCAGUGGGAGGCGAUGAAGAUCGCCCAGCCCAUGAAAAACGUGCUGUGUGUCUGGGGGGAAAGUCCCGGGGCCACAGUCCGCAUGCUGCACCGCCAUCUCAUUUCUCCACAGAUGAGGAAAGUUAUUCUAGCAAAACGAAUCAGUGAUCAUUACAUUGUCGAUUAAAUAAUAUGGUAGGUGAUGUCUUGUGUGUCAUCACGCAGUGGUCUCAUUGUCAGAAUUCUAACAAAUCAUUGAUAAUUAUGUUGUUGAUUAAGGAACAUGGUAGGUGAUGUCUUGUGUGUCAUCAUGCAGUGGCCUCAUUGUCAAAAUUCCAACGAAUCAUUGAUAAUUAUGUUGUUGAUUAAAGAACAUGGUAGGUGAUGUCUUGUGUGUCAUGCAGUGGUCUCAUUGUCCGAAUUCUACACAAUCAGUGACCAUUAUGUGGUUGAUUAAAGAACAUGGUAGGUGAUGCCUUGUGUGUCGUCUCUUGCUGAUUUAAGUAUAAGAAUUCUACAAAACGAAUGAUCAUUAUGUUGUUGAUUAAACAUUUCAUUGUAAGAAUUCUACACAAUGAGUGGCUAAUUUUGGCUAAACAUUUAAUAUCAAAUUUACAAAAAGGUACUAUUCUUUAUGUAACAAGUGACUUUCCUAAAGAGGCAUUCUCAUUAUGCGAUUAUUCGACUGACUUGUCUUAUGCGAUCGAAUAAUACUGUGAGAACAUCAUUUAAAUCAGAACGACUUUAGUCUUAUACGUUACAAUUUUUGUAGAAACGACAAAUCGCAUGCGACAAGUCAGUGCGACUACUCGCAUAAUAAGAACGCAGCUUAAGCAACCAUGUAUGUCUAAUAAUUUACAUAAAUGGUUGUGUUUAGUCAUAUAAAUAUACAUGCCUUGUUUUAUCAGGCACUGUGAUAAAAUUGUAAUGUUGGUAUGUAUUUAGCAUUAUUUUCCUAUGGUAGUUUCUGUAAAAUAGUGUCAUAGGUGCCAAACGCUUAAAAGUUGAGGUACUCUAUCAAACAUUAAUGGAAGGAAAGCAACUAGUAAAAUGUGGCAGUGUUUAUUUGUGCAAAUACCAUUGUGUUUUCCCAAUUAACUAAUGUACUUUUACUUAAUGUACAUUGAUUAUGAAGAGUACGGUAGAUCUUAAAACCACUAUAGAUACAAUAAACAAUGAUAUUUUGCUAAAAUAGGGGAUGCUUAUAAAAACAUUGUUUAAAUUCAGUAAAAGCCAUGCGGAAGCUAAUUUCUUGUAGGUAGAUUACAUGUAAGGUGCCAUAUGUUUACAUGUGUACUGCCAGUGUGUGUUAAUACGCUGCGGCUUAUAUCAGUUUUAUUAAACACUUGUAAUAUUAUCAACAGUAGAAACUGAUGUCAUAUAAAGGAAUCUUUAUUUCAAUUAUUUAUUUUAUACAGGUGUUUUUUCUCUUAAUGAUCGCAUAUUAUGUUAAAGUACAUGCUGACUAAAUGUCUGAAAGUAUAUAUGCUGUCUGACAUUAUAUACUUGAUGUUUGUAUUCAUGUUUGUGUUUUUCUGCCAAAAAUGUUUAAUACUGUAUUUUCCGUACAUAACAAUAGAAAACACUAUCUUCUAAAAAUGUCCAGCAAUCACCCAUAAAAAAUCGCUGAUCGUUAAUUUACGGUACUUUACAGGUGGUUGUAACAAGUGCAAAAUAAACUUACAAAAGUAUCCAUACCUCACUAAAAAGUGCACAAAAAUGACAAAACUGGACCGUAAAUAUUUUUAAUUUCCAUGAGAUUUAAAUCGGCCAUUUCCGUCAAACUGGAAAUAUGCCACACUACUAUAAAUUUAGAAAUUUCGCUCCACGAGAACCAAAUGUAAUAUGCUAUAUUUUUGUUUUCAUUUAUUUAUUAGUCAUUUACAGUGUAUGGGUAUAUAAUUUUGUUUUGGUUUGUACAUGUGUGAGUCUGUGACAUGUAAGUGUGCAGGUACUAACCUUUGUUUAAUGUGACAUGUAGGUCUAUGUACUCAAGUACCUAACUUAAGUUUUGUUUCUUGAAUAUACCGCUGCUUUCACUUUUCGUUAAUUUUGGUCACAGGGGAAAACGGUACAUCUUGCUUUCAUCGUCGAUUUUGUGGUUUAAAAAAACGGUGCUCAUUAUAUUGUGGUUCAUGUUUUUUUUCAUGGAAUAAACGUUCAAAGUAGGGGGUGCACAUUAUACACCGGUGUGCAUAAUACAUGGGAAAAUAUGGUAACCUAGACCCUGCCAUCAUUAUGUUUGACUAAAACAGAUUUCUAUUUAAAUUUUAAAUGUACCUUAGCCCAUAACUUGGUUUGAUAGUGGGGGCAGAUGUUUGAGGUGGACUCUAAAGAUGUAUGAGGCUUUGCUGUGUUAGUGGAAUCUAGAGUAUUUUUCCAUGAAUAUAUAUUUUUAAAACAUAAUUUCUACCAUACCUAGUGAGUUUCAUUGCAUUUUUGAAAUGUACUUUUGAAGUCUUUUCUUAAUUAGCAAAUUAUGAUGAAAAUAAGUUGGGGAAAAUGUAGCUAAACACCAGUUUAUAGAUAUUGGCAUGUGGUUUGUACACCAUCUUAGAUCAUGACCCCUAGAGGUCACUGUCGGGUGGGUUCCAUAUUCGGAAAUAAUCGGUAUGGUCUUAUGUAUGUUUUUGUUAAAAGAUGUAUACUUUUAUUUGUUUAUUUUUAUUAGACACUCCAUUGUGAUAGAAUAUUUGUACUCAGUGACCUCAGUAGUCCUGCUAAAAAUAAUUAGUAUAACCCAAAGUAUGUUUGUGCCAAAUUUAUUAUUGUUAUUUUUGAUUUCAUAAAUACAUUGGCCAAGAUCUCUCCUAGUCAGUGGGUGGCUCCCUGAGAUGUCAAACAGAGUUUUCCGUUCAUCUUCUCUUGUUUAGUACGUAUUUCACUAGGUCCCAGGAACACGUUAUAGUCAUGAUAGAGUGUCUUCUUUGAAUGUAGGAUAGUGUUGGAGAAUUAUUCUCUUUUAAAAAACUUACUUAUUUGAAAUGGGGGCACUGUUACUCUCUUCUCCCCCCCCCCCCCCAAUGAUUAUACACCAGUUGAAAGGCAAAUUAAUAUAAAAAUUCUUAAAACACACCUAAGACCAAUGUUGUCAUAUAGCAAGUUUUUUUAAACAUCUAAAUGCACAUUGUAAAUUGUAUUUGUAUUUAUGUUGAAUAGCAAUUGUUAUAGUUUAGCUUGCCAUAUUUCUGUAUAAAUAAAAUGUGUCUUAAGUGUCUAAAUGUUAGAAAAUGUCUGUGCCAUAUCACGAUAUGGACCAAGUGUCAGGUCAGGUCAGGUCAGAGAGUUUAACGUGCACGUUCAGAAUAUGCUGUUGUAGCACACGCCUGUCCUGGGUACAGGUGUCAGCCUCAGCCGGCUCCUCUGUCCAGGACAGGACUAGGACCAAGUGUUUGUUGAUCCUCUUUAUAUAUCUGUGUAGUUAAGCUAAUUGUCUCCCCUUGACGAAGACAAAAGGUGAGAUAAUGGUGUUAUUUUUUUUAACAAUGUUUCUUUUGCAUUUACACCAACAUUGAGAUUUGUUCGCAUUUAGUUCCAUUUUGUGCUAACUAUAAAUGCUAGAUCAAUGAAAGUUGUUUUAUAGUUGUGUCUGUGAACAUUCAUCUCAGUGCAGCAUCAACAUCCCAAAUUGCAUUCAACUAAUGAUAAAAACAUGAAUAUGAUACUUACAGAAAUAGUAUUUUCAUUUUUCAGUUUCGGUAUGUGAAAUAAAAUAUAUUCCUAUCGGUGAAUUAAAACAAAUCAACAACAUAAUGUAAAACAAAUCCAUUCUAGUAAACACAAGUAUAACACAAUCUAGUAAACAAGAAAUUGUGUUAGGUUUCUAAUUGGGUGCAUGCGUGGUUCAUCACGUUCAACUUUACAUGAAAAAUAUGUACAGUAUAUAUAUAUAUGAGUAAAUGUACAGUACAUGAAGAGCUUGUAUAUUAAUUUAGGGAGAAAUUAAUCAGAAUUUAUCCACAGAAUGGUUUUUUUUGGGGAGAAAUUAAUCAGAAUUUAUCCACAGAAUGUUUUUGUUUUUUUAUCUCAUUGCCCUUUCCUUUCUCUCCUAUCUUUCAACUUCUUUUGCAGUUCACCUCCACAUCCCAGUCCUUGUCUCUCCAGUUCUUGUAUCUUGUGGCUUUCUGUGCCACACACCUGCCAUUUCCCAUCAGAUUUAGCUGUGAGCUUAGUCUGACCACUUUAGUAGAGAGUGUUCAGUAGUUACUUCUGGCAUUGUUAAGAGGCACUCUAUAGUUAGAGCAGUGGGUCAGACCAGCUUUAUUAGCGGCAGAGGACAAGGAUGCCAGGUGGGUACACACAGAAGUUAGAUCACCUCUUUAUGUCACACUAGUCAGUAUGUUAACAUGAAAUAAAGUUUAAAAAUAACUUGAACUCUUAACUUUAAAGAAAUUAACAGUAACUUAUCGCCAGUUUAUAACAAUGGAUGUCAUAUGUCUAUUCUUCAAUGCAGUGAGGGCAGAAAAAAGCUUCUUUCGUUCUAAUAACUCAAACGUGGGUGCAGUACAUGUAUGUUAUUUUCACCAAGCAGAAUCACUUAUCACACUGGGCCCACUUCAUAAAAAUCAAAGAGACACAAUUUCUUAAGAGGCAUUUUGAUUAUGCGAUUAGUCUCACUGACUUGUCGCAUGUGAUCGAAUCGUACUGUGAGAACAUCUAAAUCGGAAUCACUUUAGUCCUAUACUUUCUGAUAUUUGUAGCGCCGACAGUUGCAUGCGACAAGUUGGUGCGACUAAUCGCAUAAUGAGAAUGACGCUUUACAGCAUUAGAUGUGAAUUUUUUGAAACCGCAAUAUCUUUUCUUCUUCUUGAAUUUCAUAGUCGCUAUCACUGAUAAUUUAAUAACCAGUCCCAAGUUGGGGAGCUGAUGAGGGCAUCUUUGCUUAUUUCUUUUUUUAAUUCAAACUGAGUUCAUUUGUACCUGAUGUUUUCCUUUUCUCUUGUGCGGUGUUUUCAGUUAUUGCCUUUCCCAGUACUACUGCACUUGCCAACUUCCUGGUUUUCCUUUGUACCGACUUCACAGAUAUUAUUAAAUAAAAUUCUUUUUGGAAGACAGAUGUGUCAUUGUUAGCAUCAUUUUCAUUGCAUGCAGCUUCAGAUUCAAGUGUUUUUACUGAUACAUUCACUGUUGAAAAAUUCUGAAGGUAUGAUCUGUAAUUUGUCAGUUUCACUGUGAUCAAGUGGAAAUAUUCCUCUUUUUCUGAAUCCAGAUAUAUUUAACAAAUAGAAGAAAAAAUAUAACAAAUUAAAUUUUUAUUUUUAAAUUUAACAUAUCAUUAUUAUUUAAGAAUUAUAUUAAUACUGAAUGUUAAUUUCUUUAUUCUCCACAUCAGUUUAUGGUGGACAAAAUAUUUAAUUCCAUGGAAAGUUUGUUAUGUAUCUUUGGGAAUACAUGUUCUUAUAGUUCAUGUUUAAGAUUGCAAAUUAAUAUUUUUGCUAAUAUAUUAUAAAAUAUUAUUGAAUGAUUGUUAAUUGUGUUGUGAUGAAAUUUUAGAUAGUCAUACAGUAACAAAGUUGUUAUAUACAAGCAAUAUUGUAAUUUUUGUUAUGCAUGAAAACUUAAUAGUUAUUAUUAUACAUAAUUAGUGAUACAAACAGCAAUACAAUAAUACUUUUAGUACAUAGUAAUACAUUGUUGGUUUUAUGUACAGUGUGGAAGAGAUGUAUUGUCAGAAAUAAAAAUAUUUCCAAUUUACUAAUUUGAAAACUCUACAAGCACAAGCUUAGAAUAUGUUACAUUUUGUUCACAAACACAAACUCUACAAGCACAAGCUUAGAAUAUGUCACAUUUUGUUCACAAACACAAACUCUACAAGCACAAGCUUAGAAUAUGUUACAUUUUGUUCACAAACACAAACUCUACAAGCACAAGCUUAGAAUAUGUCACAUUUUGUUCACAAACACAAACUCUACAAGCACAAGCUUAGAAUAUGUCACAUUUUGUUCACAAACACAAACUCUACAAGCACAAGCUUAGAAUAUGUCGCAUUUUGUUCACAAACACAAACUCUACAAGCACAAGCUUAGAAUAUGUUACAUUUUGUUCAAACUCUACAAGCACAAGCUUAGAAUAUGUCACAUUUUGUUCACAAACACAAACUCUACAAGCACAAGCUUAGAAUAUGUCACAUUUUGUUCACAAACACAAACUCUACAAGAACAAGCUUAGAAUAUGUUACAUUUGUUCACAAACACAAACUCUACAAGCACAAGCUUAGAAUAUGUCACAUUUUGUUCACAAACACAAACUCUACAAGCAAUCUUAGCGCUAAGAUCAUCUUAUGUGCAUAGCUACAUUACGUACUUAAGGUGAUCUUAGCACUAAGAUUGCCUCAUAAAAUGGGGCCAGGCAGAUGCUGAUGUCUGUAUUGCAGAUAUCAUGCUCUAUAAGUUGUGAGACUUGAUUCAAGCUGCCAGUCUGUGGUCAUCAUUGUAACUUUUAAAUAAAACUUGACUUGCCAGUUUGUAACUUGUAAUUGCAAGACUUCCACACUUGCCAGUUUAUAACUUGAGAACAAGAAUUUAACAUUUGACAGUUUUUAGCUUACAAAUAAGAUUGACUGGCCACUUUGUGACAUGAAAACAAGACUUGACUUGCCAGUUUGUAACUUGAGAACAAAUCCUAUUUGUCAUUGUGUGACUUUCAAACAAAACAUAUAGACUUGCUGGUUUGUGACUUGUAAACAAGAUUCAAAAUUGCCAAUUUGCAUCUUGAAUACAAAACUUUUAGACUUAACAGUUUGUGACUUGAGAACAAGACUUGACUUGCUAAUUUAGAACUUGAUAACAAGACAUUCAGAUGUGCAAGUUUGUGAUAUUGUAUUGCAGUUGAUUUCAUCUGGUAAUUUUGGCAAAUAAAUAUAUAGUAUAUUUUAUUUGAAUGAACUGUUAUAAACUUAGUAUAUGUUCUGACAUUUACAAUUUUUUUCGUUAUUGACAUAUGCAAAUAUACACAUACUUACAAGUGAACUAAUAUAUAUUUAUAUCAUUGACAAGUUGUCAGGUUAUUCUACAGGGCCGUCAGAACAGUGAGAAGUAUGCCAUCCAACUCACUCCAUCAUUGAAAUGAAACAAAAUACCCCAGAGUGUACCUAGGAGCAUAAUCAUACAAUUAGAAAACCAUCCUUGGUAACAUGGUUUUAAUAGCUUGCAGCCUUGCAUUUCAAUUACGAAAUGUAUUAUUAAUUUAUUGAUCAGUAAACCUGCAGACACACACACCCACACAUACACCCACACACACCCAUUCACUUCCACAUGAUGUCUGAUGGACCUGUCCUCUCUCCAGUGAUAUUAUGCUUUAUACUAACCAAUGCAAUAUUUAACCAGUAGUUUGAUUUAAUGUUGCUCUUAACCCAUUUUCACCAUAUUUACAGUGUUUUUGUCUGUGUCGCAAUACUUUUUAACAUUUUACUUUUCUUUUUAAGUGUAUAUUUAUUUCAGCUCACCUAACUUCUCAACAUGAUAUAUAUGUAUUAUUACAUUAUCACAUGUGCUAUACAACUUUUUAAAAAUAAUACAAGUUAAAUGUGUUCUAUAGUAUACACACUAUCGUAAUCAAUAAUUUAUUAUCAUUUACCUGAAAUAUACAUCAUUUUAAGAAGUUAAUUUCUUGUACAUGUAGUUUUUAAGAAAAUGUUUUAUCCCCUAUAUUAAAGGAGGAUAUUGUAAACUUUAUAUUAGUUUUUGGUAAGAGCAUUACAGAGCAUCUGCCAAUACUGGUACUUUAAUUCCAGGUAGUUGCUGGAUUAUUCCCACUUAGAGCUUUCAUUAUAGUCCGAAUUGCAUGACUAGUAGUGUAUUUUAAAUGCUCUGGUAUAUGCAGUUCUGAUUACAAAAAGCACAUUAAAGAUUUGCUGUUAAUAAUGUGACCAAUAUAUGAUAGCUUCCUACUGAUAUUUCACUGUUUGACAUAUAGUAUCUGCUGAUUAGACAAUAGGUGAUAGGUUAGGUAUUGAUCAGCUUUCAUCUCAAGAUUAAACAGCAUUAUUAUUUGAUGUGUUAUGUUCAACACUAUAUAGAUGCUUCAGGUGCCAACAAAUCUGCCAAAAUAUUGAAAGUUUCUAAUAAAAAUGCAUAAUAUUUUUGUAUUUAUUUUGAUGUGUAUAAUUUGGUUAAUAAAGCAUUUUGUCAUUAA